AUGGCCCAUCUCGCGAUGUCCGGUGCGGUACCCGUCGCUACCUUACUUCGCCGAGAGGCUCAGUGCCCCGACUUCGUCUCGACCGAUUGUCCAGUACCAGGGCCUUGCAACCUGCAGUGUCCACAGGGACAGUCAUGUCAGAGGAAGAGUUCUAGCCCGUGCAACUGUGCAACCAACUUCUGCGGCGCUGAUCCGACCGCUAUCACAUCGCCAAGUGCGUCUCAGUCGUCGCAGGUAUCUUCCAACAGUGGUGGCCCGAGCGUAGGCGCAAUCGCUGGUGGUGUUAUAGGAGGUGUGGCUGCAAUCGGCUUGAUCACGUAUCUGGUCUGGAGGUUCUGCAUCAAGACCAAACGGGGCCCGAUGGAGCGCGAAUCUUGGCUUGAAGAAAAGCGAAACAGUGAUCUGGAGGCCGACGAUGACAUGACAGCAAGGAGGACGAAUCGCUCGUCAACGCACACGUCACACUCUGUCGCAUCCACUGUGCUCACGCGAGCCUCGAACAUCAUCCAGAUCGCCUACAUCCCGGGUGUAACGAACAGGGCCACACCAACGUCACCAACGCUACUUGUUCCCCCGGUCCCGCCGAUUCCCAUCUCUGUCUCGCAGGCCAGCACCCCUUCGGCCCCUGAAGACCAGCAUUUCUUCAUGCCUAGCGACCUGCGGCCUGACUCGACCUAUUCAGCUAUGACUGGUUACACGGACCGUACCUCAUUUGCCCGUACCUCGUAUGCUCCACGCUCAAGUAUUGCUUCCACAAUCUACGGCAAGAAUGCAGUAAUUGUAGCGCCGGCGCAGACUGGCAUGCGGGCCAAGCCAGCCAUGGUUUCUGUGAAGUCGACGGGCAGCGGGGCGAGCACUGGCUCCAGCACUCCACCUGUUCCGGACAUCGAUUUCGAGAAGUAUGGCACUGUCAGGCCGCCGAGUCCUGCAAACAGUACUUUCAGUGUUGGUUCAACCUUUUUGAACAACGCGAGCGCUCACACAGCCAUGGCCGCUCGACCUCAAGUUGUUCGCGUCGGAAGCGUUAGCAAGAAGUCUAGCAAUCUGGCCAGGACCAUAAGCGCCGCUGAUUCCACUCCAUCUUCGAUCACGGCCGAAUCUCCAAGUCGCUCAUCGGCCACCGGAAAUACGGAACAUUCGUUUUCCAACGCAGACCAAGGUCCUUUCGCUGAUCCACCCAGGCCAUCCACAAACAGGAGUAACAAGGCCAUAAGUGCGGUCAUUCAGGAAGCCACCCGUCGUGCCUCUCAGCGAGACGUGACAGCUCCGAGCAGGUCUGACAGGGAAAGAAGUCCCUUUGGCGAUGAGCAUGUCACGCGGGAUUGA